AUGCCAGAUAAACGUGCGCUCAGUGACUCGUAUGAGCAGCUCCCUCUUAAACGAGCAGCAACAGUCUCUUCCAAUACCAACGACAUCUCGGACGAGCGCAUCAUAGCAACGCUGAGGCAUCCUCGUGCGUGCGUUAGCGCUUCCGGCUCUCCCUUCUCAGCAUCACCAUCCUUCCAACAACCGGUACCUUUGUGUUCUUUCUCGUUCGAUGAGCACCGAAAACAGUGGCACGACGAUCGUUGCAAACGAUUCUAUCGAGGCCCACCACCGUACAACCAACGCCAUCCGCGUCAACAUGGUGCGCGUGCCGUGUUCGGCGCCGAUCUCAACUACGGUCUGGAACGGUUCGUUCGACGUGACCAAGACGUGCCGGAGCAUCUGGACGCGCUUGUCGCUGCGCUUCAGCACCGUACAGAGGCGGCUGUUUCAGAUGAAGAGCGCGAUCAAGUGGAUCAGGAGCGAAGAAAAGCUGACGUGGUAACGUGGAGAGGUAUCAUCACCAAGAUCUGCACAGCGUACGAGCAGACUGCCGAAGCACGUUUUUCGGAUCCUCUCGAGCUCAACGCUAUGAUGUUGGAUGAUACGCUGUAUCUGGAAGAAUACACGUGCAAAUCAGCCAGGGCGCAAAAGCAGAACAAGGAAGACGAUCCCAAGAUGCUGCGGAUGGGCUACUAUGGGUACUCGUUCGAAAGCUACUGCACCGUCGACACUGAAUUGCAGACACGAGAGCCUUUCCGGCCGAUUCCCAGCAAGGAAUCCUCCCUGCCUCACCCUGCAGGCUGGUCUGGAGAUGUCAAUACCAACGUGCAGUGGUGUCAAGUGGUAAAAACCAAGCUGGGUAACAACCGGCUGGUGAUUGGAGGAGAGGUGGACGCUGUAGAACGCAACCCAAAGACAGGCCGUGAAGAACUGGUGGAGCUCAAGACGUCGAUGCAAAUGACUUGGGCUCAGCACAAUCCAUCCAAAGCGGCGCUAGAUCAAGAGCGAUUUGAAAAGAAGCUGCUCAAGUUCUUUCUGCAAAGCUACCUGCUAGGCAUCGGCAAGAUUGUCGUAGGCUUCCGAGACCACCACGGGAUCCUGACAACGCACCAGGACUUCGAGACGCUUCGCAUCCCACGUAUGGUUCGAGCCGGUCAACCCAUCGCUGGGCGCUUCGAUCAUACGGGCAAACCGGUGAUCCGCCAACAGUCUGUAUGGGAGCCUAAAGAUGGGCUUGGCUUUGGCGAUCAGAUCCUUUCCUUCAUUCGCCAGACCAUCCUGUCCCGAAGCAUCCAAGCCACGCCGACGGAGCAGAUUAGUGCAGGUGCAGGUGCAAAUACGCCCAACCCGACCGCAGCCGUUGGCCAGGUGCAUCAUCCCGUGUACCGCGUCACUUUCCGAUCGCCGUUCGAUCAGGUCGAGAUGCGCUGCUUGAGCGAACAAGAGAUCUACGAAGAGGUGCAAGACAGCGGUGGCUCGGGAGCAAGGGUAGGCUUCCUACCUCGUAGCUUUUACGAUUUUGUGCAGCGUCGAGCUGGGUCUUGA